CCUUCUUCUAGGAUCAACUAUAAAAGGAGACCAGCCCCCUCUCAUUCCAACACAACACUCAAGCUCUUAGGUACUCCUACUUAGGAGACCUCUCCCUUCUCCCUCGGUUGCUUUCUACAUUCCCAUCGCUAGCACUGCGCGCACAGUUCUGGUGAGAGCAGGCCUCCGGAACCUCUGCAACGCUGAGAUCCUGCUCGGGAUAGCGGGACAAUCAGGUUUUUGGGAGCGUCUUGACGCGACUACUCGCUCGCCGAAUGUCUACGUCCUCUACUUCCUUGUGGCCGAACAUCUACGUCCUCUACUUCCUUGUGGCCGAACAUCUACGUCCUCUUCCUGGUGGCCGAAUGUCUACGUUCUCUACAUCCUGGUGGUCGUACCUGUGUUCCCCAAGUGAACAUCAAGAUCGUCUCGACUACUUCCCGACGGCCAUCUGCACUGCAACGACUAAGUUCGGCUAUAUCGAACAGCCCUGACCGACACAAUGUCCAGUCAUGGAAACGGCGCACCCGGUGCCUCCGGCACUGGUCCCGCCUUAGGAGCAUAGGAGUAUUUUUUAGCAGCGGUGGAUGAAGUUACUAGGAAGAAUCAUAUCGCUUUAAUUAUCACAUCUUUAUCGGAAAGGAAAAGAGCUGCUUUAAUCUGUUUAUGUGAGGAACGCAUCAAAUACGUUCAUAGUGAGCCCCCUUUUUUUAUCAGAAAGAGUACUGAUGAGGAGGGUACAUAUUCUGGUCGGCCAUAAAGCAUCUGGUCGGCCAUAAAGCAUGAACCCUCUCCCGUCUCCUCACAAAGCCUUUUUGACUUGGGGGAUGAGUAUUGUAAUUCAGUUUCGCAGAGCUGCUGCUCCCCACAAAGCUUGAUCACGUGGAUUAUCUCCAUCUCUGUGGUAACCUGAAGGAGAGUUAAUCUGUUCCAAGAAACCAAUACUCGCUAUCGAGCCUACGACGGCAGGUGGUUGCAUACACAGCUGGUUUUGCUGGUGUCCUAGCAAAGCUAUCACCCAAUUCUGCCACCGGUCAGUUUACGACGCGCUGAACGAACAGAAAACCUACCACUGGUUUCCAAGCCUCAGUCUUACUUCGCUUUUGUGCCAGAACAUACUUGGAAGUCGAGAGAGAAGCUUCCCAUCUCGAUCCCUUGCACCUUCGAGGCUGGGCAGCACCCGGGGACAGAGUUGAGCUCACUUCCUGCUCCGAGGAAGGAAACGAAAUCAUCAGCAGCCUCCUCCCAGUUUAUCUUUCAACUUCUAAUAAUAACGCAGAUCCAUCCAUUCAUCUUCUGAUCCAGUACCUUCUCUCUUUACAGGAAUUGUCCAGAGCAAACGGACUGUUGCUUAAUAAUUUUACAAAUUUUGCGAGCUGCUAGAUUACAAGAAUUAUUGUUGCACGAUCACUGUAUCUACUUUAGGUCAGUGAAAAGAAAGCCAAUAAUCUGCACCUCCGACGGACCCAUCCUCAGAGUCCAGCAAGUGUGAUUGCCUACUUGCCUGAUGCCCUGAUCAUGCCUUUCUUGGAAAGGGGUCCUUUAGUCCUGCAGAAAGAUCGAUCAGCUGAACCUACAGCUGCCACUGCAAGUUCGGAGCAUCUGACAUCACCAAAUCUGAGUCUUUACUUCCCUUCGUGGAAGUCCCUGUCUCGUAUGUAUUGCACAAGAUAGCAAGAUCUUCAGAGUCCAGCCAACAUGAGCCUAUCAAAGGCCAUUGGGAUAAUUAACGGCAUCAAUGAGUUUGGUAAUUUUUUCCAGUUGCUCGGGUCUGCUGCCUCGUAUAUGCGUUCCCAGUGGAUGGGGUCACAAGAGAAAAAACUUGAAGAAGAUGACAUACUGCAGUUGCAGAGUGACCUUCAACGUCUACGUGAUACUCUACCAGCAAUGUACAACUUUAUUGAUAGAGCAGAGUGGAAGAGCCAUGUACCUGGUGUCGAACAGCUCCUUCCAAAUCUCAAGGAUGCAGUGUAUGAUGCAGAGGACCUUCUGGAUGAGUUCACAUGGUAUGAGCUGAAGGUGAAAAUUGAGGGCAAUGCAACCCAGCUAUCUCCUUUCAUUGACUUCUUUCACAGCGUCACUCAAGGAAGCUUCAACAAAGUGGUUGAUAUCCAAAAAAGGCUUAGUAAUCUUUCUAGCCAGCUUGAGAAGAUGGGCUUGCAUGAGGAAACUCUGCAGUUUGACAAAUCGUUCAGGCCAGUGACCACUUCUUUCCGCACUGAGCCAAAGAUAUUUGGUCGUGAGAAGGAACUGAGGGAGGUGAUCCGAUUGCUUGGUGUACCGAACUACAGUAACCAGUCUUCUUCAAAACGGAAGAGAUCUUCUCAUGCAGCAAAUAGUGAACCAAGGAUAGCAUAUGUUCCUGUUGUGCCAAUAGUUGGAAUCGGGGGUGUUGGAAAAACUACUCUAGCCCAAGAGAUCACCACCCUUCAGAGGGUCAAAUCCCACUUUGACAAAAUCAUUUGGAUUUGCGUCUCUGGUGAAUUUGAUGAGGAGAGGUUUACUAAAGUUCUCAUAAAAUCUCUAUCAGGUAAAGAGGCAACGGCUGAUAAUUUAGAUGAUCUUCAAAAAAUUCUUGCUGGUGAAGUUGGAAAAAAGAGGUUCUUACUUAUCCUCGAUGACAUUUGGCCUAAUGCCUUGAAUGAAGGUUGUUGGAGAAAAUUUUGUGCACCUCUCACAAAUGUACUUCAGGGAAGUAUGUUAUUAGUGACCACAAGGUUUGCAGAGGUUGCUGAUAUAGUGGGCACAAUGGACAAAUUUGCAUUGGAAGGCUUACAAAAUGAUGUAUUUUGGCAGUUUUUCAAAAUGUGUGUGUUUGGGUAUGAGGAUUAUCACAUUGAUCCAAAAUUAGAACAGAUUGGUAAAAGCAUACUUCCAAAGUUGAAGGGCACUCCUUUAGCUGCUAAAACUAUUGGAAGGCUAUUACGAAAGAGUCUUAACCCUGCACACUGGAAUGAUAUACUAAAUAGUGAACUGUGGCAGCUUAGACAAAAGGAGACUGAUAUUUUGCCAGCUCUUCGGUUGAGCUACAUGUAUCUACCUUUUAAUUUGAAGAGAUGCUUCUCAUUCUGUGCUACAUACCCCAAAGAUUACAAUUUUGACAAAUCUAGUCUUGCUGAAAUUUGGGUGGCAGAAGGAUUUGUAGAACCUCAAGGCAACAUCCCACUUCAACAUAUUGGUGGUCAAUACUUUGAAGACCUUGUAAAUUUGUCCUUCUUCCAAAAACUCCGUGGUAAAUAUGUAAUACAUGACUUGAUGCAUGACAUGGCACAGCUAGUUUCGAAGGAGGACUGUUUCAUUGUAAAGAAUGCAAGAGAUAUUGAAAUGGUUCCGCAAAAUGUUCGCCAUCUAUCAAUACUCAGAAGCAACGAUGUUAAACUUUCGAACUUAUUGAUCCUAUGCAAGCACAAAAAGCUGCGCACCCUACUUUGCAACAAGUCUUUAGGAAGUGGGACUUUGUAUCCAGCGGUGGGUCACUGGUUUAGUGGACUUCAGUACCUGCGUGUGAUUUUUUUUGCCUCCACGAAGGGCCUACCAGAGAGUAUUGGUAAUCUGAAGCAUCUCCGGUACCUUGAAAUAUCCGGAGGUUGCCAUUUUGACAGCUUUCCUUCAUCAUUCUCUAGCCUCUAUAACUUGCAGAUUUUAUAUGCUAGGAAAUGCAACUUUGGAAGAUUACCAAGAGGUGUCAGUAAGCUGAUCAAUCUGAAAAAGUUUGAGUUUGAACCAGAUAUUCCUCAAAUGGAAAUUGAUGCUGCAGAGUGGGGAGAGCAAAUUUGGUUUAUAAUAAAUAAUUUGAAUCAAAUUACAAGAGAUUUGACUAUAUACAAUCUUGGUGCAAUAAGCAAGGAUUGUGCAGCAGAAUCCGAACUCAAGAAGAAAGAAUAUCUGAAUAGUCUGACUCUGAUAUGGUCUUCCUUUAGAUGCCAAGAGCACAAUGAGACAGAAGUACUUCAAGCUCUACAGCCUCCCACCAACAUCAAGUCUGUACAGAUCAAGGGUUAUCAAGGUGAAUAUCUUCCUAGCUGGCUUCGUGGUUGUGAUGGACCCAAGGCCAUGUCAUUUUCUGAGUUACCUACGGCGACAGUUGACAACAAUAAUAUUAGCAGAGCCAGGACCAUUUUCCCAUUAUUAACAGAGGUAAGCAUUAAAGGGUGCCGAAACUUAUCAAGCCUGGAACAAUUUCUACAUCCAACGACUUCUGCACCAGCCAUCAGAAAAAUAGCUAUUGAAGCUUGCGCAAGUGUAAAAUCAGUACCAAUUGAAUGGUCCCCUUCCCUUGAACAAAUAAGCGUGUCCAACUGUCCAAAAAUGACACAUCUCUCGGCCCCGUCCGCAAAGAAGCUCGAGCUGAAGUUUAAGAUUUUUGGAUUCAACAUUGAGUGUAGUUCCCUCACCUACUUGCUUAUACAUUCCUCCCAGCUGCCAUCCAUUGAACUAGAAAAGUGGAGUCUUCCAGUACUGCAGAGGCUCCACAUCGGUGAUUGUGAUUGUCUGAAAUUUAUUAGAGAAUCUGAGCACAUAUCCACGGGCCUUUCCCUUGGCUUGGCCAGAGCCAGAGGCAGCACUGCCAAAUUCCCGUUACUCACUGACCUAAUUAUAGUACGCUGCAACAAGCUGGAAAGUAUUGAUGACCUCAUAACACAUGAAUGCCUCCCUACCAUCGAGAGUAUUACUAUUGGGUUUUGUGAUUUGCUGUCCCUGCCCACCGAAAGACUUGAGAGUUUUCCUUUUCUGAAGAAUUUGGAUAUCUGGUGGUGUCCAUGUCUCUACUGGCAAAGUGCAAUGGUGUUACCACCGUCCCUCCAAACGCUCAGUUUAUCCCGUUGUGGAGAUUUCUCUGCCUGGUCUCCUAGGUGCUGCCUAGAGAACCUAACCUCCCUUGAGUCACUAACGAUGGAAUCAUGCCGAGGUAUAGUGUCCAUUCCAGGCAAUCUUUGGAGCAGUAAUCUCAAGUCACUCCAGAAAUUGUGGAUUAUGAGGUGUCCAUACCUUGUCUCAAUUGGUGGACCGGAAGCAAUUGCAAACAUAAAUACAGUAUACAUUCAAGGCUGCCCAAAGUUGAUGGAAAUAGAGCAGCCGAGAGGGAAUCCGUGAAUUGAUGGGCUGGGCCCACAGGACAUAUAACCAAAAUGGCGCCUCUUGAUGAUCACCCUCUUGUCACUAUGUUCUCCCUUCCAUUUUUAGCCUCCACAUGUCAUCUGUGAUCACAUGGCAAAUAAUUCAUUGACAGUUACGCUGUUAGUUUGAGAAAUCAAACCAUUUAGCUACUUCAUUGUGGGAUCA